AUGCGUGUGAAUCUACGCAAAUUCAUCUUAAUAAGCGGUGGAUUCGUCUUGCUAUGGCUGAUAGUUUCCUAUUCCUCGUUAUUCGUUCCCGUCUCAAAGAAACGCGGAAACAUUGAAAAAAUUGAAACAGAAUUAGACAAUUUACAAAAUAAAAUGUUAGAUCAGUUAAGUGAUAGCUAUAAAUUGUUAGAUAAAGUUAAAGAGCAUCUCAGGAAGACUGAUCAUCAAGAGAUUCCAAAAGAUUUACCGUUAUCCUGGAACCGAGAUGGUUUUGCACAAAGUGGCAAAGGUCCUGUGUUGCCGAUUUUAGUGAUAGCGUGCGACAGAGUCACUGUCAGGAGAUGUUUGGACAAUUUAGUGAAAUUUAGACCAGACAAAAUUACGUUUCCUAUUAUUGUUAGCCAGGACUGCGGUCAUAAUGAGACUUACCAGAUAAUUAAGUCCUACGUGGACGCCGAUCCUACUAUAUCCGUGGUCAGGCAACCAGAUCUAUCAGAAAUACCUCUCACAAGAGCAAAAGUUAAAUUCAAAGGGUAUUACAAGAUAGCGAGACACUUUAGAUUCGCUUUGAACUACGUUUUCGUAACUCUGAAGCAUGAAGCUGUGAUCAUUGUUGAAGAUGAUCUGGACAUUUCGCCGGAUUUCUUUGAAUAUUUCCUCGGAACUUAUCCUCUGUUGUCAAAAGACCCAACGAUAUGGUGUAUAUCAGCGUGGAAUGACAAUGGCAAGAAGCAGUUGAUAGAUCUGUCUCGACCGGAACUGCUUCAUAGGACGGACUUCUUCCCAGGACUUGGGUGGCUAUUGAAGAGGGAAACUUGGCUGCAAUUGGAACCGAAGUGGCCGCAAGCUUUCUUUGAUGAUUGGCUCCGAGAUCCAGAGAACACUCAAGGUCGAGCUUGCAUCAGACCUGAAGUUUCAAGGACGUACAGCUUCGGAAAGGUGGGCGUCAGCAAAGGACUGUUCUUCGACAUGCAUUUAAGAUAUAUGCAGUUGAACAUGGACUAUAUAGAAUUCACCAAACUAAACCUAACAUACUUAUUGAAGGAUGUAUACGACGAUCAUCUCACAACAUUAGUGACGUCACUACCGGAACUGACCGCCGAGGAGGUCAAGUCGCGCCCGGGAACCGAACCCGUUAAAGUGACAUACACCAGCGCCAAAACAUACCAGAAGGCUGCCAAGAAAUUGGGCCUAAUGGACGAUUUUAGGAGUGGCAUUCCCCGUACAGCGUACCGCGGCAUAGUGACGUGUUACAUUCAAGGAAGAAGAGUUUACCUCGCCCCCGGGUAUCAAUGGACCAAAUAUGACCCGACGUGGGGGUGA